AUUUUGAAUUACCAAAAGAGUAUCCUUUGAAAUCAAAUCCAAAGUUUUUGAUUUCUUGCAAAUGGAUGGAUAUCAUGAAAUUAGAAAUUAUUUGCUAUAAAUUGGAGAGUUUGUGGAAAGAGUCGAAAAUGGAAAUCCUUUUUACGUGGUUUUCAUUCUUACAAAACGAUGUCAUGGAUUACUUAAAGACCACUCGACUGAACAUCACUUAUCUUAGUAAUGUUAUGCCCAAAAUGAUCACUAAAAGUGAAUCCAAUUUAAAAUGCAAUGAAACAAAAGUGUUGACCACAACUCUGUCCAAAGCAUCCGUUUCUAACAGAGACAGACGAACCGUUGUCUUUAAACCCAGUCUAGACAAAGGCAUCGGAACCCAUGAUAGAAGGGCUGUCUGUGAUCUAAUGGGUAGACAAUUGAUCACAUAUUUAAUUGAUUACAACGAACACAAACGCAAAGAGACAUUCAAUAAGAGUUACAUUACGUGUAAUAUCUGUUUUUCGCCACAUUUGGGCGAAGAUUGUGUUGUCUUUCCCUGUCUUCACAUAAACUGCAAGAAUUGUAUCGCAAACUAUUUCACGACUCUUAUCAAUGAGGGAACAGUGAAUCAAUUAAAAUGCCCGGAAACCGAGUGCCAGACAACAGCGCCGCCUAAUGUGAUCCGCGAUCUCGUCUCCGAAGAACUAUUCAAGAAAUACGACAAAAUAAUGUUAGAGACAUUGAUUGGGACGAUGUCUGACGUGUAUUACUGCCCCCGAAAGACGUGCGGCACUGUUGUGAUCGGCGACCCGGACUCGUCGUUAGCCCACUGUUCGGCCUGCGGUUACGCCUUCUGCAAGAACUGUAACUUCACAUAUCAUGGCUUCGAUCCGUGCAGUAUAUUCAGAGACGCCCAGCAAAGGAAACUCAUACUCGAGAAGUACACGUACGCCACCGCUGAAGAGAAGUUAGAGAUCGAGAAAGUUUAUGGCAAAAAACAGAUCGCGUCGGCUCUGGAAGAGGCGGCCACUGAUAAGUGGAUGGAGGAUAUGUCGAAACGGUGUCCUCACUGUCGGGCGAGCAUUGAGAAGAGCGACGGUUGCAAUAAGAUGUCGUGCUGGCGGUGCAACACAUGCUUCUGUUGGCUAUGUCUCACACAACUGCCACUCACACAGCCGUACAGUCACUUCAGUAAUCCUAUGUCCAAAUGCUAUAACCAGCUCUUCCAAGGCGUCAACUUUGACAUCGACGACAUGUUUGAAGAUUUUGAUAUUUAAUACGUUUUUAUAUCAGUUUUUGCAUUAUUUUUAAAACGUUUUCCGAAUUUUUAAA